AUGGAGUCCGUUCCUACACUACGAAGAUGCGCUCUAGCGCAAUGCAGGCGUCAGGCCCGAUCCAUCUCUCCGGUUUUCCUCGAGUUCCUCGCUCCGACAGCUCUAAGAGCUCAACGCCGAUAUGCCACCACCGGUCCGGCCGGCAGCUCCAAGCCCCGAUACACCCUCAGCACAAAGCAGCGUGAAUACCUCGAUAGCUCACUCCGAGUCAACCAAGCUGGCGAGCUUGCGGCUACUCUCAUCUACACCGCUCAAACUCCCCAAAUCGUUCGAUCGCAUCCACACCUCCGACCUUUGAUGAAGCACAUGUACGACCAAGAGGCAGGGCACCUUAAGACAUUCAAUAAGCUUGUCGCACAGCACCAGGUUCGCCCAACUGCGAUGUAUCCACUCUGGGGGGUUGCAGCCACUUUCUUGGGUUGGUCAACUGCCGCACUGGGUCGCGAAGCUGCGAUGGCAUGUACCGAGGCCGUGGAGACAGAGAUCGGAUCUCAUUAUAAUGAUCAAGUCAGGGAGAUUUUGUCUUGGGAGGCUGAUGCCAAGCAGCGUGGGGAGGAACUGGAUGACGAGUUAAAGGAGAUGCUGGCCACCUUCCGAAGAAUUCGAGAUGAAGAACUGGAGCAUUUGGACCAUGCGGUGGCUCAUGACUCCAAGGAAGCUAAGCCCUACGACUCAUUGGUGGAUGUAAUUCGAUUUGGUUGUCGGGCAGCUAUCAAGAUCAGUGAGAAGGUUUAA